AUGUUAGCCGAACUAAGGCUAAAAAAAGAGCGAGUACAUGAAGAAGCGAAGCGAUUAUUUGCGGAUUGGAAACCUACAGUGAGCAAAAUGUUGGAAACUUAUCUUACGUUGGAUCCGGGCUUUUCGGAUGCUCAAAACUAUGCUUUAUUUGACUCAAAUCUUCCAGUUUAUCUUUUAGGCGAGAAAUUCACAUCAAGAGGAGAUAUGGGACGCAUCAAAGAAUUUAUAUCAUCAUUGUUAUGGUUUACAUACCGGAAAAAUUUUCAACCCAUUGGUGGCACUGGGCCAACAACUGAUCAAGGUUGGGGAUGCAUGCUGCGAUGUGGUCAAAUGUUGUUGGCUCGAGUUUUGAUAGUGCGACAUCUGGGUCGUAAUUGGCUUUGGGAUCGAGAUGUUAAGCUGGCAGAAUACAAGCGCAUUCUGCGUAUGUUUCAGGAUAAAAAGAAUUGCCUUUUUUCAAUACAUCAAAUAGCACAUAUGGGAGUAUCCGAAGGCAAGGAAAUUGGAGAAUGGUUUGGUCCGAACACGGCAGCCCAGGUUCUAAAAAAGUUGGUCAUAUACGAUCAGUGGUCACGACUAGCAGUGCAUGUAGCUCUUGAUAAUGUUCUAAUAACAAGCGAUAUACGCACUAUGGCUUUUACUAGACCUCCUCACCCAAAACCUGGGUCUCGGCGUGAGACAGGAAGUGAUUAUAAUGAUAAUCAUGAUGCUAUUAAUCCUGCUGAAGCGGAGAUAUUACCAGAAUUAACUCGAUCUCCAACACGAAGUGAAACCUCUUCGGUAAGCAGUUACAGUGGUGUCAGCGAAGAUUGGCGACCGUUGCUGAUCAUCAUUCCACUUAGACUUGGCUUAAAUACAAUCAACCAUUGUUACUUUCCUGCCAUUCAGACAUUUUUUCAAUUACCACAGUGUGUUGGCAUCAUUGGUGGUCGACCCAAUCAUGCGCUUUAUUUCUGUGGUAUUGCAGAUAAUAAUUUACUUUAUCUCGACCCUCAUUUCUGUCAGGAUUUCGUUGAUUUAGAUGAAACUACGACAACGAAAGAUGAACGUGAUGGCUAUGUUGAGAUCAAAAAUGAUGAAUUCAAAGACAGCACCUAUCACUGUCCCUUCAUUCUGAGUACGAAGAUCGAUAAGGUGGAUCCAUCGCUGGCACUUGGCUUUCUCUGUCAUACUGAAGACGAUUACAAUGAGCUAGCACAGCGGCUGCGAAUGCACUUACUGCCGGCUUCAACACCGCCAUUGUUCGAAAUGCUAGAAACAAGGCCAAAAAAUUUUCCGAAAUUUGUACCGUAUGUUGGAGAAAAUACGAAACUACGAGAUUAUGCAGAUCUCGGUGAAGUGAACGACAGCUACGAUGAAUUUGAGCUUCUUGAAUAG